GCGCAUGCGUGCGGGUUUCUUCGUUCUCAUAACCAUUCACUCACACUGUUGCGUCGCAUUGAUUGUGGAGGUUGUGUGCGCUGCAUAGAACUUUUGUUUUUUUCGUACGGCCACUUGUUUCUUUGGCCACCGUUUACCUGCAAGUGUUUGAAACUUUGUUAUUAAAUUAUUUACGCGUUUUUAAAGACAGUCAAGUUUGGUGCUUCAGUGAGUUCGGAUGUUAAACAUUGAGUGAAAUUUAUGUCAAGUGAAGUCCAGAUGUUAGAGACGGCAACAACCUCGUUUUGUGUCAACAAAUAAUAAUAAACAGUGAUCGGAACAAGUUACAGCGAGAGGACAAAAGUGAUGAAUUAAACAAUGUUAUAAACUGUUUUAAGUGUUUGAGAAUGGGUUUUAUUCAUCGUUCCGAAGUGAAUAUCAACUCACCCACAUAACGUUUAUGAACCAAUCAAGUAAUAAGCUGAAGGAUGGGACCAAUAUACGGAAUAGCCGCCAUAAUACUGUUAGCAGCGCUCAGCAAAGGAGAGCUACCUGAAGAUGAUUUCAGGAUAAUAAAUCGACAAGAUCUGCUGGCGGUGGACAGCGAUAUAUUUGAAGAUAAGAGCUCUAAAUCAUUUUCGCAACUGCUAUUCGAUGUGGCAAGGGACCAACUGAUCGUGGGCGCAAGGGAUGUGCUGUAUCGUCUUUCCUUGCGUGGUCUUCGGGAGCUGGAACGCGCAGAGUGGCCCGCACCGGCGGCAGACAUAAAGAUGUGCCAAGUCAAAGGCCAGUCAGAAGAAGACUGUCAUAAUUACGUGAAGGUGCUGCUCUCAUACGGGCAUAAGAUAUUCGCUUGUGGAACUAACGCGUUCAGCCCUAUUUGCAGUUGGAGAGAGAUCGAGUCCAUUAACACGGUAUCUGAAUCCGUGACCGGGGUUGCUCUCAGCCCAUACAAUCCUCACUCUAACGUGACCGCCGUCUUGGCGUCCAAUGGCGACUACUAUGCCGGUACACCCACCGAUUUCAGCAGCUCUGAUACUGCUAUUUGCAGGAGUCGAGGAGCAUCGUCAGACGAUUCUGGUAACUUAUGUACUGCGCAGUACGACUUCAACCGUCUGAACGAGCCGCAGUUCGUUGGCAGCUUCGAAGACGAUCGUUUUGUCUACUUCGUAUACAGAGAGAUCGCUGUGGAGUAUAUGAACUGUGGGAAGAUAAUCUACUCGCGCAUAGCACGCGUGUGCAAGAACGAUUCAGGAGGUUACCUGAUGAAGGACAAGUGGAGUACGUUCCUCAAGGCGCGGCUGAAAUGUCUGGUUCCAGGAGACAUCCCGUUCUACUACGACGAGAUACAGAGUGUGGAAUACUUACCUCAAGAGAAGAUGCUUGUAGCUACAUUCACUACGCCUACGAACAGCAUAACCGGCAGUGCUGUAUGCGUGUACAACAUGUCUGAUAUCCACGCGGCGUUCGAAGGCCCCUACAAGGUGCAGGACUCGCGCACCUUCACCUGGGACCAACGCUCGCCAUCCAAACAGGCCCGGGAACACUUCCAGUGUAUAACAGACUCUAGAGCUCACGAAGCAAUAGAAUUUCAUGGCUACCAUCUCAUGUACGAAGCAGUACUGCCCAUAUCAGGAGCACCGAUAUACAAAGUGACGUCAGAAAGGUUUACCCACGUCACAGUUGACGUCACAAGUGCCAAGAACAUUGAGCGACAGUUGGUAGCGUUCGUGGCUACGGACAGUGGAUAUGUGCUGAAGUUGGCAGUACUGCCGCGGCUGGAUGGGGCCUGUUUGGUAGAGAAAUGGAAGUUGAGGGACGAGAAAGGAGGUUUUGAUGUGCAAGCUAUGCAGUUUGUGAAAGAUACGAUGUCAGUGUACAUCGGCAGCAGCUCGGGCGUGGUGCGACUGGGCGCGGCGCGGUGCGCGCGGCACGCGUCGCGCGGCGCGUGCGUGGGCGCGGCCGACCCGCACUGCGGCUGGGACGACGCGCGCGAGCGCUGCGUGCGCGCCUGGCCGCACCUCACCGACCCCAACUUCGCGCAGGCCACCGCGCUCUGCGUCGCCGCUGAUGCUGCUGUUGACGGUGGCUGGUCGGCCUGGUCGGAUUGGGAGUCAUGCAUGCAGGACGGUACAUCUCACUCCAUCUACGGAGACGACAAGCCCGAUAUGUGUAAAUGUCGGACACGACGUUGUGACAAUCCUAAGCCGGCGAAUGGCGGACAGGCUUGCAAAGGUUCAAGUAUAUCGGUGACGAACUGCACGGUGCACGGCGGGUGGUCGGCGUGGUCCGCGUGGUCGGAGUGCUCGGCGCCGUGCGGCAUCGCGGUGAAGUCGCGCCGGCGCACGUGCAGCUCGCCCGAGCCGCGCCACGGCGGCCGCGUCUGCGUCGGCAUCGACGUCGACGACAUAUACUGCCACAAUCUGCCGCCGUGUCCAGAUCCGGCGCUGGCGCCAGUAGACGGUGGCUGGUCUCCGUGGGGCCCGUGGUCCCCAUGUACCAGUUCAGGCGGGGUGGGCUGCGGGCCGGCGGGGGGCAUGCGUGAGAGGCGGCGCCUGUGCGGAAGCCCCGCGCCAUUACACGGCGGUGCGGACUGUGACGGGCCCGAGGUGGAGAAGCAGGCGUGUGACAUGCGCCCCUGUGAAGUUCGCAAGACGACGGCUUGGACGCCUUGGGUUCAGAUACCUGGUAACACAUCGGACGGAAGUUAUACUGAAAAGAGAUUUAAAUUCGUGUGCAAAGCGCCAUCGCCGGAACAAAUAAAAGUCAGUUUGUCGGUAGCCCGCGAAGAAGAAAGAUACUGUACAGCACACGGACAGUGUAGUAGUACCCCGCCUGAGGACGAAGGGGGUUGGGAAGAUUGGGAGGCGUGGGAGCCGUGCUCCGCGCCCUGCGGUGGGGGGCAACAGACCCGCACCAGGCGCUGCCGCCGGCCCCCGUGCAAUGGAUCUUCCGAAAUGCUCCGUGGUUGUAACACGCACCCUUGUACUGGUGAGUGGUCCUGCUGGAGCGAGUGGAGUUCGUGCAGCGGUUCGUGCGGCGCGACGGGACAUCGAACCCGCACCCGCGCGUGCCUGUCGUCCCGCGGCUGCAGCGACGCGGCCGGCGCGCUCGAGCGGACCGUCUGCGUGCCUACUUGUGCAGAGUCGGAGGGCGGCUGGGGCCCGUGGGGCGCGUGGGGCGCGUGCGCGGGCGGCGAGCGCGUGCGGCGGCGCGCGUGCGCGGCGGGCGCGUGCGUGGGCGCGCAGCUGCAGGUCGCGCGCUGCGGCGCCGGCCACGCGCAGCUCGACAACGAACUCUAUGCCAUGCCAGCGUAUAGUCCAAGCGUGGAGAUGGCAUCCUUUGUAACGACUGGAGGCGAGUCGCUCAGUGUAGGAAGCAUUGUUGGAUGUGUGGUUGCUGCUUUUGUGAUGGGUUGUCUAGUAUGCCUGGCGGGUGUAAUAUUCUGCCAGCGGCGCGGGUCCAAGAUGCCGUGGCGGAGGCAGAACCGCGUGCCCUCCAGUCCGCACUACAUCACCGCUAAACAGAACAGCUACGUCUCUGUGCCUUUGAAGGAAGUGCCGCGUAAAGCGAAACGCCAGCCAUCAUUCUCAGGGAUUGGAAGCACCAGUGGAAUAUUACUAUCGAAAAGCAACAACUUAUCAAACGCAAACAACCAUAAUCCAACUGUGACUACUCCUAAACUGUACCCAAAAGCCAUAGCCAAUGAAUACGACUCUAUGGGCACUAUUAGAAGGCAUUCGAACCAACCCAACAACAAGAACAACUUGGAUAUUGAAGAAGAUAAGUUUUAUUGAAAUUGUUUAUUAAUUUCAUCAAAGUCCAAUGACUUGGGAAAUGAUAUGAAAGAUAGCCAAUUGGAUUUGGAGUAUUUUUAAAUUGUUCAAAUUUGACUAAGGAAUCAAGGUAUUCCAGAAAUUAAAACAACUUGUAUGUUGAAAAUAAAUGAGAAAAUAGAUUUACGAAAUCUAAAAUCUUGGAAUUGGAGUAGUGGUAUAUGUCACUAUGUAUAUUUUACUGUUUAAAGUCGUCCUCUGCACCAAGUUUUCCCAUACUGGGGGAAUAUUCGGCAAUCUUUAACAUCUACUUUCUCAAUGUCCCAUUGCUGGUAAAUUCUUUUCCCAAAUUAUGAUUUUGAAUUUGACCUUCUUUACCACCGCUUUAUGAAGUAGUUCAUUGCUCAGUUAAUGUAAAUUGAAUCUUAUUUUACUUCCUGAUUUUAUAAUAUUUUUGAAACUAACAUUAGGUUCCCUCUUUUUUAUAAGGGUAUAUGCAGACAGCGUAUUUUAUCGCGCUUCAAAUGACAUUAAAACGCGAUACAGUCUGCAACUUUGUAUUUUCUUACAUACAAAGUGUAGGCUAUGCACUAGAAGCGUUCGUCUCCAACAUGUAUAAAACAUUCUAUCUACAGUCUCUAAGACCGAUUUUCGCAUAUCUUAUGAGUCUUCAAAUAUGUCUAUAAGUUUACUGUAUUAGGUAGACAUUAUAACUUAUCGUUUCUAUAUAAACUUACCUUUUAUACCAAGCAUAGACUGGUUUCAUAAAUCCUUAAAUGUUUAUUAAAAUAUUAUUUUCAAUUAUAUUGCCAGUGCAUAAGAAUUAUUUAGCUGAAAUCAUCUUACGAAUAAGAUGCUGAAGCUACGUCAUUAAAGACGAUUUUACAAUGAAUUAUUAUAACUUCCUACUCGCGCUUCCAGCGUACACAGUAUAAAGGAUCUCUAAUAGUUUAUUUCACGUGUUAUCUUAUAAAUCAUUUUAUAUUAGAUAAUUCAGAGUGUUAUUGUUUGUAAGUGUAUCAAGAUAUUUGAAAUGGCUGAGGUUUCGUUACACUACGGCGGAAUUUUCAUUGCCUGUAGUCUAUCACGUAACGUAUUCGGUUUGGCGUAGAUUAAACAUGCUUUUAGUAUGAAACGGUAAUAUUGGCGUUACGCGACAAAAAAUCGCAGCGACUGUUACGUCGUAGUGUGACGUGACCCUAAGAGUAAAUGCCUUAUAAUAUAUUACUGAAUGAAAGAUUUUUAUGAAUUGAAACUUCUAUAACUUAAGAAAUACUGCCUUAUUAGUACUUUGUGCCUUGUAUGUAUGUGAAUUUGUUUGUUCUAUACUUCUUUAGUUAAAGUUUGGAAAUUCAAUUUCCAUGUUCCAGUGGAUGAGUUGAACUAGUAAUUUGUUUGCAGUAGGAUAUUUACAUAAAUAUUUUAAAUUACAGGGUGUUUAUUUAAGUAAUUGAAAUAUCUUUUAUUCACUUAAAAAUAUUUUAAAUAUUAUAUUAUAACUGACCUCUGUCUGGUAUCAAAUUAAAUGGUAAAUAUACCGCACCCUGUAUAAUCAAUAUCGUAAUGCAAACAAAACUGUUCGACAAAGUAUUUGAGUGAUACAAGGUGAUGCAAAUUGUGCAUAAGUAUUGUAAAUGUGAUUUGAUGUGAGUUAAAUUAGUUAUAGAUAAUGAAUUCAGUGCCAUUCUAAUUAAAAUCAAUUGUAAAAAUCCCAAUGGUUAUUUAAGAAUAGUAUUUUAUUUGAAUGGAUAUAACAAAGCCAAGUAUGUGCCAUGUAAAUAAGUAUCACUGUAUAUAGUUUUAAUAUAAGGGUCAUUUCAUAUUGGGAUCAUUCAUAUAAAGUGCUUAUCAAUUAGAUGAUGGCUAAAUUAUCUUAUAGAAACAAAUAUAAAUUGCUCCAAGAGCCAAUAAUCAAAUAGCAUCAAAUAGUAUUUUAAAUUUAUACAUUUAUUGCCAACGAGGUAGUCAUCACUAUUUAAAAAAAAAAUGUAUUUUCAUUCUAAAUAUUCAUGUAUUUGUAAACUUAUUGUCUCUAACAGUUAUGGCGAACCAGUGGCACGCGUACCUGUGGUGGUACGUGACAAAAUAAUUCGGUUGUAAUGUGCCAUGCAAACGAUGUAUAUGUAUCUUUCUCUGGGCUUCAGAAGCCACUUGUCGAGCUCCGGAAAAAAAAAAACAAAAACAUAGUUGGGUUUAUUAAAACCGUCGCAAAAAAGGGGCUCCUAGUUAGAUAUAACCGGUCCUGGAUGGCACGUUACGGGCCAUUUUUUUAUCAAUAAUGGGACGUCAACCAUUAAAGGUUCGCCAUCCCUGGUCUAUUUUAGUGUAAAAAUACCGUUUUAUGGAUGACCCCUCCCAUAUAUAUAAGUAGUACAAAACGUAGGUGCCUACAAGUCUAUUCUAUAUAUCUUCACAUAUUUACAUCAUAUCUACACUAUUCUAUAUUGUUGAAUACGCUUCGACGUUAUACGCGACUCAUGUUGAGUCAAAUGGGCAUGUAUGAACUAAUGUAUGAGAAGACUAGGGUGUCAGUGCCUAGUCUAAUUUCAUUUUUUUAAACAUAUCGUCUUUUAAGCAGGUUGGCAAACUAUAAAGAAUUGUAAAAAUGUCGUAAAUUUUAUUCUAAGUUGUAAAUGGUGAAAAUUCUUGUUUUUAUAGUGAAGGAUGUGUAUUAAGCGAUUAUUUUAAUUGGCUGUUAUAUCUUAUUCCUUGUUCUAUUUUCUGUUUUAAAUACUGGCUAUAAUCAAUCGUGAAAAAAAUCGAUUGACAAAUUUAUCGAAUCGAACGUCUCAUACAGCCGAUUUUAAUAAUCGAUUAAUACAUCGAAUGCAUUUUAAUGUGUAUUAUGAUUGGAAUAUAUGUGAAAUAUUAUUUUUAAGAGGCUUUUAUCUCGAUAACUCACCGAUCCAAUGUUCUUAAUUUAGAUUUUUAUCUUGUUAUUAAAUUUUUUUUUGUAACAAAUCGAUGAGCUUACAUCGUUUCCAUUCCUAAAUAUUAUUUUUAUACUGAAUGUUAUUUUUUAGACGCUGUAUAUUGUUAUUAUGCUAACUACUUAAAUAACAAUAAAGACUGUCCUAUAUUA